GGGAGAUGCGAGCAGGCCGCGGGAGGCGCCGGCUGCCGCACAUCACGUCGGAGAUUCGUGACUACUGCAAUGUCUCCAGACGCAAUCAUUGACAGUGAAAAAGUCGCUAUUUACAACGGACCCAUUGCAACGCAGGUGGAGGCGCCGCGCGGCGCGCCCACGGUGCUGGUGGUGGCGCAGCAGGGCCAGCCGACGUCUGGCUCCGGCUGCUGCACGUGGCCCGCGCCGCUCGCCGCCUGCUCGGCCGCCACCGCCCUCGUCGUCAUCGUCGCCGUAGUCGCCGCCGCCGCCAUCUUUACCUGCACCUCGGACUACCACCACCCUGGGCAAAGAUCCUUACGAGUGCUAACAUCACCAAGACGAACACUACUGACGAUUUACAAUAUUACAGACAAUGGAACCCAGUUUCCCUGGAUGGCGAACUGCGAGCUGCCGCCCAACUCGAACCUGUCGCUCGCGUUGUGGAGUGAGAACACCUACCUGAAGAACGUCGACCGUGUCGUCUACCUGGUGCUCUUCGGGCUGGUUGGUGGAGCCGCCAUCGCACUGAACGUAGCAGAACUGUACGUCGUCUUCACCAGGAAGUACCGGCUGAUGUUACGCUGCUGUCUGGGCUCGCUGGCUGCAAGCGAUCUCCUGUUAUCAGUUUUCGCUGUCAUAAGCAACACUUCCAACCUCAGUCAUCCCAUACUUAGAUGGAACCUGGGCGCCGCGAUGUGCGGCUCGGUGCCGCUGAUGGAGUUCGCGGGCGCGCUGGCGAACGCGCUGACGCUGGGGCUGGUGGCGCUGGACCGCUACCGCAGCCUGCUGCUGGCCGCCGGGCCGGGCCGCUGGGAGCCCGCCGCGCCCGCCUGCUCCACCUGCCUCGCCAUCAUCUGGGUCGUCGCCUUCGGCGUGGCGAGCCCUUCGGUGUCGCUGUACGAGGUGACGCUGACGCUGGUGCUGGUGAUGGAGGGGGGCCGGCCGGCGGACUGCCGGCUGCUCGACCGCUGCUACGAGAGCACCGAAGCCAGCGGCAAGACCUACAUGCGCGUCCUCUUCGGCUUCAUCUUCAUCCCGCUGCUGCUCGCCUUCCUCGUCCUGCACGCCGUCGUCGCCAGCUUCGUCUGGAGGAAGAGGAAGCCUUUCGCUUCUGCCCCCGCCUGUGGCGCACAGAAUGCGCGCUGCGGCAAGGACCGCGGAGACGGCACCACGUCCAACAGCAGCGGCGACGCGAACCGCUCCAACAACGCCACCAGCAGCUCGGACACGCUGAGCGGGCGCGCCCGCACGGCCGCCGGCGCCGCUUCCACCGCCACCGCCACCGCCACCGCCACCGGCGUGGCCUCGCCGUCGGGGCCCUUCCAGCGCGCGCCCACCGCCAAGAAGACGUCCCCGCACACGGUGCGCAACAUCCGCUCCUUCCGGCGCAUCAUCGUCAUGAUGGUGCUCUUCUUCGUGUGCCGCCUGCCCAACUGGCUGUUCAACAUCGUGCACGACGCGGCCGGCACCGGCGACAAGUACGCGUGGUGGCUGGCGCGCUACGGCGUCAACCUGCUGGCGCUGUUCAACAGCGUCGUCAACCCGCUGCUGUACUGCUUCUUCAACGAGACGCUGUCGGCGGUGGCGCGCGUGCGCAGCUGGCUGACGCGGCCGUGCCGGGCCGGCGCGGACCCUCAGUGUCAGCAGCAGCCCAGCAGGCCCAGGGAGCCGCCCAGACCGCCGUCCAUCGUGCCUCGCGGGCCCUACUACGACGCCGAGCACAGGACCGCCAACUGGAAGCCCUAA